AUGGACGAGAACUCAGGACGAGAACUCAGGACGAGAACUCAGGACGGGAACUCAGGACGGGAACUCAGGACGAGAACUCAGGACGGGAACUCAGGACGAGAACUCAGGACGGGAACUCAGGACGGGAACUCAGGACGAGAACUCAGGACGGGAACUCAGGACGAGAACUCAGGACGGGAACUCAGGACGGGAACUCAGGACGAGAACUCAGGACGGGAACUCAGAACGGUAACUCAGGACGAGAACUCAGGACGGGAACCCAGGACGAGAACUCAGGACGGGAACUCAGGACGAGAACCCAGGACGAGAACUCAGGACGGGAACUCAGGACGCUAG